UCGCAGCUCCCGCCCCUUCUCGCUUUGCUUUCUCGCGGCUGGUUCCUCGCACCACGUGCCCUCCUGGCCGCUCCCCGUGCUGCCCUUUCCAACUGCCUGUUGGAAGCUGCUGUAAAAUGUCGUGAGGGGUGCUGCCGCUUUACGGCUGCCUCUCCCAGACUCCAGCCCGGGAGCGCCCACCGCCGUCAGCCGUGUCUCUGAGAGUCGGCCCAGUGGAGAGUGAGAGACCCGGCCUGCCGCUCUCUCCCUGCCGCGCCCGAUCCGGCCCCCGGCGAUGUGAGCUCGAGGAGGCUGCGGUGCCCCCCUGCCCGGGGUUGAGACGGGCGGCAGGUGCCUGUGAGGCGGGCGGGUGCUGGGGGCCUGCAGGAUGGAGGAGAGCAUGGAAGAGGAGGAGGGGGGCAGCUACGAGGCGAUGAUGGACGACCAGAACCACAACAACUGGGAGGCCGCCGUGGACGGCUUCCGGCAGCCCCCGCCCCCCCCGCUACCCCCCUCGUCGAUCCCAGCCCCUGCCCGAGAGCCUCCGGGGGGCCAGCUGCUGGCGGUGCCCGCCGUCUCUGUGGACAGGAAAGGCCCCAAGGAGGGGCUCCCGAUGGGGCCGCCGCCGCCGCCGGAGGCCAAUGGGGUGAUCAUGAUGUUGAAGAGCUGCGACGCGGCCGCCGCCGUGGCCAAGGCGGCCCCCGCCCCCGCCCCCAGCGCCACCAUCAACAUCAACACGUCCACCUCCAAGUUCUUAAUGAAUGUUAUAACUAUUGAAGAUUAUAAGAGCACAUACUGGCCAAAAUUGGAUGGUGCCAUAGAUCAGCUUUUAACCCAGAGUCCUGGUGACUAUAUCCCCAUAUCCUAUGAACAGAUAUACAGUUGUGUGUAUAAAUGUGUAUGCCAGCAGCACUCGGAGCAGAUGUAUAGCGAUCUGAUUAAAAAGAUAACUAGUCACUUAGAGAGAGUCUCAAAGGAGCUGCAGGCCAGCCCUCCAGAUCUCUAUAUUGAAAGGUUUAAUAUAGCUCUUGGACAAUAUAUGGGAGCAUUGCAGAGCAUUGUGCCUCUUUUCAUUUAUAUGAAUAAGUUUUACAUCGAAACCAAGCUUAACAGAGACUUAAAAGAUGACCUUAUAAAGCUGUUUACGGAACAUGUUGCAGAAAAGCACAUUUACAGCCUAAUGCCUUUACUUUUAGAAGCCCAAUCAACACCAUUUCAGGUCACACCUUCAACUAUGGCAAAUAUUGUGAAAGGCCUGUACACUCUCAGACCAGAGUGGGUUCAGAUGGCUCCAACUCUAUUUUCUAAAUUUAUUCCAAACAUUCUCCCUCCGGCUGUGGAAUCUGAACUUUCUGAAUAUGCUGCUCAAGAUCAGAAACUUCAAAGAGAACUAAUACAGAAUGGCUUUACAAGAGGUGACCAGUCCCGGAAGAGAGCUGGGGAUGAGUUGGCUUAUAACAGCUCGUCAGCAUGUGCAAGUUCCAGAGGGUACAGAUAGUGAAUGUGUUGAAUGUACUUUCCUUCCUGAAAAGAGGACACACUGGAGCUGCAGAGACUAUUGAGAGCACAGCGGGGUCCUGCGACACUCAGGAGCUGUCACAAAGCCCUUCUUGGAAGAAGAUGUGGGACUUCUUACUUUGGUCUGUAAUUUUAAAAAACAAAAAAACUAACAAAAACAAAAAACAGUCAGUUGCUGCUAGACUUGGGGAUGAUUUUGAAAUGGGACAAUCUUUUAAUGAGUUUAUCUACAGAUUCCGUGAGGAACAAGCAUCUUGAAAAGUGACCAUUGCUAAAUGAAAUCUGGCAGCCCAAAUCAGCAGCUUCCUCCAAAAAUAUAAAAGCAGAAGAAUCGUUUUUUCCUAAAGCACUUGAUUUGUUCAUUUGUGGACUUGGCACUUCGGCAUAUUGGUUUCACACAUCAAGAUAUCUUUUGCUUUAAAAAUCAAGAGGAUCAUUACAAUACAGUAUUUUUCACCCAUAACCAAAACAAACCCUUUUAAAAGAGUUGGUCUUUGUUUAGCAUUAGAAAGUCUCGUUAAGGGAAAAUGCUAACUCUGCUUUUGCUAUAAUUUUCCCCAUAACUUUCCCCCCAUUAGUUCACAGCCUUCUUCUACUCUGUGCCUUGAGCUUUGUGCACUUUGCAACUCUGUGACCAUGUUGUGAAACUCACAAAUGCUUCCUGAAAAAGCGUGUGGUACCACAGGCUAACCCACCACAACGUCAGGUGUGACUGUAACGGGAUGCUCAGUAAGCGGGAGAAUAGAAGCGUGUGGCACGUUGGUCAGACUUCCCCUUCUUCACCGCGGCGUCUUCACGUUGACGUUGGGGACCAACUCUUGUAGAACAUUUCCAUUCCCUCUGUCACUUCACGUGAUUUCACCAGCUGCUGUCAUAUUGCAUUACGCAGGUUUAGGGCUGGGCAGUAGCUUAGCAUUAGAGCUGCCCUUUUUAGUGUUGCUGAGAAUUAGCCAACGGUGAAAGCUGGUUCCUUGGCGCUCUAGGAAGCAGAUACGGUUAUUAAAUCCAAAUAUAAUCAAUGGCGUGGGAUUCCUGGUCCAUUUCAUUUUAAAUGGGUGAGGUAAGUACUUAAAAAAAGUCUGAAGUCUGCAUCUUUUAAACAUUAUAUUCGAGUAUAAUAGAGAAGUAGCUAUGCUGUUUUAAGGCUCCUUUUCAGCUGUAGCAAAGCUAUAUUUUCUGUUUUUCUACACCCACAGUGCUAUUUAGUUCCUUAUAAAAGACUCUGAAGCUUAUUCUAGGUGUUUUUGAAAGGCAAAGAAAAAUAGAAAGAUGCGGCAAGGGAAAACUAUUUUUCUUCUCAAUUUUGCUUGAAUCUAAGUUGAACAUAUGCUUGACUCUAUUCAGCUAUGUCAGACUAAUAUUUACCUCUUUAGAAAACUUAGGGCAGAAAAAGAAGACAUCAUGGAUGCUGGCACACUUCUGAUUUGCGGGUUUUUCAUAGAGUUGCCUCUGCCACUUCAGUUUGUCCUUUUUUUGUGGAGUGGGGUGGGUGGGAGAGUUAGAAGUGUGAUAUUGGGAGCCACUAGGUCAUCUAAUAGAAGCCCUCUAUUUGUAAAAUUGUUAUUCAAAGAAGUAAAAGUAAAUGUUGUCAGAUUGAUUUUUUUUUAAGUACUUAUCAACCAGAGUUGGAUUUUGAAUUGGACCCAUUUAACUCUAUGAGCAUCUUGGAUUGUAUUGAUAAACACUGAAUUACUGUAGGAAUCACUAUACCCUGUACACUUUGAUUUGCUACACCAGUAACAUUCUGGUAUCAAGGAAGAAUUCCAUUUUAUCAUGAAAGCCAAAUUUUACUUUUCUCAGUGGAAUGCUUACUGCAGGCUUAUAAAGAACACUUGCACCUGGAGUCUCUCCUGAGUGGUUUUAAUAAUAUUUCUGAAAGGAACAGAAUUGGAAUGUUUCUUUAAAUGUGGAUGAAUUCUUCAUUAUCCUAAUAGUAUACCGAAAUGCUUUUUCUGGGAAAGAGUGUUCUUCUUUGGCCAACAAUGGAACUUUCCCUAUAAAGCAUUGUAUUAUUAUGUGAAUUGGCAUUAAAACCUUUGGAUGCUUUUGCAUUAUUAAGUUAAUGGAGAAAUAUUUUAUAUUGUUUUCUUUUUAUUAUUAUGUAUGUGUUAACAAAAAGUUGGCAGUGUAAAGUUUGCAAAAUUUAAUUUCUCUAAAUUUUUGCACAGUGAUUACAACCAGCUAUGGGCCAGGCCUUGGUACUGCAAAGCGGUGAUUGGAAGGCUCUAUAGAGAAAAUACACGCGUUCUCCCAGUGCAUGUGACCUGGUUGUUACUCAUCUUGGCCCCUUGAGGUACAUCGUAUGAAAAACCUAUUUAUUUCAAGUCGAAAUUGACCUUGCUUACUUAAUUGGGAUUCUUAACAACAUUUCUAGUUUGCAACAUGAGAGGAAAUCAGAUUUGCCCUCCAUUUUGUAUUGAGUAAGCACUGUUUGCCAGAAGUAUUUUCUUCUCAUGUUCACUUGUGUUCUUCUUGCCAGUACAGUAUAUAGUUUCUCCACCCCAGUUGAAUACUGGCUUUUGUGGGGCCCAGAUCAUUGAAGACAGAAAAUCGCACAUGCAAGGCUGGUGGUCUCAUUAGUCGACACGUGCAGUUGAUGUGGCUCAACUGACUAGCGUGUGUGUGCAGCCUGGAACUAGACCCUCCAAAAGAAAGCCAGUUCAGUCACUUGAAAUCAUGCCAUGGAAAAGUAAAUAGAUGAUAAUUGUUUCCAGAGACAGUACUUAUUUUAAAGGUUGGCCUUAAGCUUCAGUAACAGUGUCAUCUCAUGUCCUCUGUUGUCACAGCUGCACCCUAACCCGACAGGAAGUACUGCUUUGUUUUCUGUCGGCAGAAAGCAAAAUCUGAUGUAGUGACUCUUGACCCAGUAGUUCUUAGGUAGAGUUAGUGAGAAGAGACACAAACCUGGAUGCGUGAGUUGUGCAUUAUUAACUUUGGUGGAAAAGUUACCUUUUUUCCUGUCCCUUUUACAAGUUUGAGGCAGUUCCCCUCCCUUUCUUUGAGGUAUAGGAUGAAAACUGAUUUUUGAGUAGGUGAGAUUGUAGAAGAAUGGAUGCCCGUGGCCAUUAACACUGCACAGGCAUCUUCAGCGCGGCAGCCCUGUAAAGCUGCCACCCCCCUUGCUGUAUGCCGUGCUUUCUGUUGGGUUGCAAAUUUGCACACAUAAAGAAUUCCUCAGGAAGAGUUUGCACAUGCAUCACCUCACAAUAUUCUGUACUGACCAAACAAAGGAUUUGAAAGUUUUUCAGCGUGGAAGGAGAACUUGAGAGUGGUGGUCUGUGCACACAUACUAGCAAAGGUAGUGGUGAUCCAGCAAACACGGUUGUUUGUGCAGUCACAGAGUGAGCAGGAGCACUUGUAUCAUAGUAUUUAAAUAAGCCUGUUUAAUCUCCCAGAGUAACGCUUCCAGAUCAUCUUUUUCUCAUUGAGGCUAGCUGUAUUUUCUUCUGUGUUUUUUUGUGUUUUAUUGCAGUUAAUUAUUUCCAUGAUUAUUAUUCAAGAGGCAUUUCCCUUGAGCUAAAACUCAAUUGUUUAAUAAGCACCUAGUAUUAAAAAAACUAAACAUUGUUUUAUGAAUAUACACUAAUCUGAAAUAUUAAAAAAAACUUUACAACUAAAAAGCAAAACAAAAAACCUAUGUUAGCUAUCCAGUCAUUGUUUGGAUGUUUUGGUUGAUUUUUUUAUGGUGUCUCAUUGAGGUUCUUAGCUCAGAAUAUUAUGUUUACUUUAAUCCAGGUCUAGGCCUCUUAAGGGGCUUUAAAUUUUAAGAUCAGAAUGUGAAUCCCUUGACCAACACCUGUAAGAGGUUUAUAAGAUCUUUUUGAUUGUGAUUACUGUUUUCAGUAAGAUUACAUGAGAUGAAGUUCGUGCUUAUCGGAACUUAAAAUAGAGGUCACAGGAGUUCAUAGAGAAAUGGCUCUCCUAUUACUUUCAUUACCUUGUUGAAAUUUGCCCCAGUUUCCGGCCACCAGAAUAUAUGAAAGGACCCCUGUUCUUUUCCGAGGGAAAUGAUUCUUCUUCUGUCCUUACUGUUUAUUAACUAAGUCACUGAUACUUUCCCUCCUGCACUGGCCAAGACCCUUUUCGAACCUCCUGUCAGAGCCAAGUGGCACAAGUACAUACACUAUUUCUGCUUAUGUUGAUGGAGUGGCUGUGGGAGCAUUAAAGAAAAUGCUAAUCAGAGGUACAUUCUUAUAGGACCCUAGCAUAUAUUGCACCCCUGCUGGUUGGAGAUUAUCUUCGUUUCUGGUUGGACUGCAUUGUUUAGAAAAAUGUUAAUGGCUUACAAUUCUGGGAAUUUUUAGUGUGGCUCUGGGGUGAAUUCUGUGGUUUGAAAAAAAUAAAUAUUUUGUAUUGAUUCUCACAUGUCAUUUCAAUGUUGUGACUAUGUACUAAAUGCAAUAAGACUGUGGAUAUUCUUUUAGAAGGAUAUGUUUUGUUAAACAGAUGGCAAUUUAAUUGCUGUCAUUAGUCCCGUUUGUUAAUAUUAUAGCCAUGCUAUUCAGGAGAAAUUAUUCAAAUGUGAAGUUGUGGGAAGCUAUGGCUGGAAACAGGAAUGCUUAGGAAGAAAUGGGAGGUCAAAUGCAGACAAGAGGCGUUUGCCACCCACCAGCACAGCCAGAGUGAGAAGGAAGCAAUGAAGUCUUGUCCCUGGUGGUGCUUGUUUGUUGGAAAGCAUUAGAACCUGGUGUUCUGUGCGUCAGCUCUGAGUAAUCCAAGAAAAACAAAAUGGUGGGUGAAACUCUUAUUGACCGGGGAUUCAAAGCUGACUUUGGCUCUGACCUUUAACUCUUGAUGGAUUUUGAAUCACUCGUUCUGUAUUAGAGUGUAAACCAUCACUCUAAAACAUUGUGGUUAUUGAAAUAAAUCUUGUACAGAUGUCCUUGGCCUUGUUAUAUUGAUACCUGGUUCACUGGAACUUUGUUAUAAUACAGAACAUAGGAUUUUGCUUACAGUACAUUCAGUUGCCUCCUAAACCAUAACCACACUCGGCAUGUGUCUGUUCUGCUGUGGUUCAUUAGCCCGCAGGGCAGUGUCCAUCUCGACCUGUGUACCAGUGAAGAGAACUGUGCGUGUGUGUUUCACUGUGUACAUAUAAUCACAUAUUCUAUAUACAUGUAUAGUAUAUAUGCAUAUGGACAGAUAUAUGUAGUUUUUCUUUUUUAAACAGUGACACAUUGUGGGCCUUUAAUUAAAACUUGCUGACUUGG